AAAGGGUUUGUGGUUUCGAAAAUGACAGGCAUCACAGAAAUCCUCUUCCCCGUCCAACCUCUUCACUGCUUCUUCCUUCUCCGCUUCUGAGAUUCGUCUCGUAAUCCCCAAAUCUCGCUUAAAAUUGCGAGGAUAAUCGUUGGAAAACCCUAAAAAGGAGAAAUUUUUGGGUAAAUCUCGGGCGGUUUUCGGCGAUGUACUCCUCCUCGCCCUUCGUCGUUUCCGUCGUACUUCUUCUCUCGCUUCCCUUCAUCUUCUUGUUCGCGCCCCGGAUCCUCCCACCGAAGACGCUUCCGGCCAUUCCCGAACCCGACGAGGCAGAUGAUCUUGCCCUGUUUCGCCGCGCGACGCUCGCGUCCGUGGAAGCCGCGGGUGGCGGUGCCGGGGUGCGCCGACGGUUGUCUUCUCCUCCCAAGAUCGCGUUCCUGUUCCUGAUCAACUCCGACAUAGCGUUCGCCCCCGUUUGGGAACGCUUCUUCCACGGCCAUGAGCGGCUCUUUAACGUCUACGUCCACGCCGACCCUGCCGCAGAACUCGUCCUCCCGCCGACGAAAUCAUUCCGGGGACGCUUUAUCCCAGCGAAAGCGACGCAGCGGGCAUCUCCUACUCUUAUCGCGGCGGCGCGCCGCCUCCUUGCGGCGGCGUUGCUUGAUGAUCCGGCGAACGCCUUCUUUGCCCUAAUUUCUCAGCACUGCAUACCUCUCCAUUCUUUCCGGUACGUUUACCACGCGCUCAUCUCCGACCCCGGCGUCCCGUCCCCUGCAGCUCCCCUUCACCGCCGACACCGCAGUUUUAUCCAGAUAGUGGCCGAUGAUCCUGUCCUUCACAAUCGCUACAUCGCUCGAGGAGACAAUGCGAUGCUUCCUGAGGUCCCCUUCGAACGAUUUCGAGUGGGUUCCCAGUUCUUUGUCCUUGCUCGCCGCCACGCCCUUCUCGUUGUCCGUGACCGUCGACUCUGGAAGAAGUUCCGAAUGCCAUGCCUGAAGAAGAUGGAGUCCUCCUGCUACCCAGAGGAACACUACUUCCCCACGCUUCUCGAUAUGCAGGAUCCCGAUGGUUGCACUCGAUAUUCUCUUACCAGAGUGAAUUGGACUGAUAGUGUUGAUGGACAUCCCCACACCUAUCUUCCUGCAGAGAUCUCCGGUGAUCUCAUCCUCGAUCUCCGGCUGUCGAACUCCACCUAUUCCUACCUCUUUGCUCGAAAGUUCUCGCCUGAUUGUCUCAACCCUUUGCUGCACAUUGCCGAUACUGUCAUCUUCAAAGAUUAGUUUGCAGGUAACCAAAGAUUGAGUCAUGGAGCCGAAAAGAUAAGCAUUGGUUGCUGAAAGAAGGCUUCUUUCGUCUUAUAAUGUUAUUGCUGUAUGGAAAUAGAGGGAGAGUUAUCUGUACAGUAUGUAUAUUUUUCAUCUUUUCUAUAGUUUUUAGAUUUAGAUGAAGGAAUUCUCUGUUAUCCAAGCUUGACUUAUUCAGUUGAAGCGUUUCGCAGCUUGAAGCAUAAAUAGCAUUAUCCCAGCAAAUUGGGCCUGUCCAAAUACAUUUUUCAAGUGAGAAAAUUAAGUUUUUUUGUCU